AUGUCCAAGUCUACGAGUCAUGUCCUCCACCACAUCCACAAAUACAUCUCGCGCAGCGACUCAUCAACAACAACAAACACAACAUCAGACCUCACCGUCCAGGCGAAAGUAGGUCUAGCGUUCGGCAUACUAGGAGCAAUCCUCCUCACCAUAAUCCUCACCACCCUCAUCAUCCUCCGAAUCCAGCACGGACCCGUCAUCACUCUCCGAACGCUCUUCUCCCGAACGCCGAUCCCAAUCGGACAGAGACAGUCAUUAUCAAUAGAUAUUUCUCCAUCGGACGAGGAAUCUCAACCGCCGCCGGCAUACACACAUCCACAUCCACACCCAUUACCAGAGGCAGGAUCAAAGGGGAAUGCAGAUAUUCCACUACCCCCACAACAAGCGCAUAUACCCCCCUCGCUGCGCAAGGAACUUAAUCUGCAUGUUGAUACAUCUACUGCUGCUGCCGCUAUCACGACGAAGCCAAAACCUACACCGCUGAGAACAAUGUCCGAUACGGAGAUAGUCAAAUCAUCAAGAUCAUCAACGUCAUGUGAGAAAGAUAGAGAGGCGCGCAGCUCGACGCUAAAGGUCCAGAUCCACCACCACCACCAUCACCUUCACCAUAAGCAUAAUCAGAAUCACCCGUAUUAUAGUCGGCUGAGGGUGGGGAGUCCGAGGUCGCCUGUAGGCAAUGGUGCUGGUGCUGCUGGGAUGAAAUCAGAUAGGUUAUGUCCUCCGCCGGACGAGUAUGCUGUGCCACCGGAUAGUCCUGAUGUGAUUGUGUUGCCGUCGCCGAGGGAGUUGCAGAAGUUUAGGAUUAAUGUUUAUCGAUGA